UAUCGGUAUUAGUCACCUAAUCUAGGCCGGCGCGUUCAAGCCCGCUUAGAGUAGUUCAUCAGGCAGCAAGAGGGACGUCGACGGUGUGAUACUGCCACAAGCAGACAGGAGCGAUGGCUUGGCCGAUCUACCUCUAUCUCCCGAACAUCGUCGGGUACUUUCGCAUCCUGGCGAACGUGUGGGCCUUCGCCAUCGCUCUGUCCAAUCCCCGUCUUUUCGUCGCUCUCUACUUCUUCAGCUUCUUUUGUGACUACGUGGACGGGCGUUUCGCCACAUGGUUCAAUCAGAAGUCCACAUUCGGCGCAGUCUUGGAUAUGGUCACUGACAGAAUGAGCACCACCUGCUUGCUCCUCGUGCUGUCACACCUCUACCCCUCCCUCAUGGGUGCAUGCAUGGCGCUGUUGGUGCUGGACCUCACCAGCCACUGGUACCAGAUGUACAGCUCGUUCCUCGUGCGCAAGGCCAGCCACAAGGACGUGGCAGCAACAGACUUCUGGCUCAUGCGGUGGUACUAUGGCAGCCGCCCCUUCAUGGCCUACUGCUGCAUUGGGGCAGAGCUGCUGUACCUAGUGCUGUAUCUGGACUCAGACCCGCUCAAUCAACAAGUCCAAGUCUCUGUGCCUUACCUGGGCCCCACGGGUAUAAUCCGAGUCCUGGGCCUGCUGUGCCUCCCUGGAUGGGCGCUCAAGCAGAUCACCAACGUGGUGCAGCUUAAAACAGCUGCAGAUGCAUGCGUGGAGUAUGACAUGGAAAAGGAGCGGAAAGCAUCGUGAUAAUAAACAACAAAUGACAGCUCCAUGUGCACCAUUGAUCCAGACUAAGUAUCCUUGCAUGAGUAUCACUCGUAUAUUUGAAGGGCGGCAAGGCCCCUUUUUUUUUUGUUUUUUUUCGGGGUUUUGCGAAAUGUGUAUUAUUUGAGUAAGCCCCACUUCAAGUGCG